CAGCCUCGGGGACCGCACCGCCGGGCCCCCUGCUCGCUGCAGCGGGCCGGGCCGGGUCCCGGACCCACCAUGCGGGGAGAGCUCUGGCUCCUGGCGCUGGUGCUCCGGGAGGCUGCCCGGGCGCUGAGCCCCCAGCCCGGAGCAGGUCAGGACGCAGGCCGAGGUUCUGGAUGGGCUGCCAAGGGGACCGUACCUGGCUGGCAUCGGAAAGCCCGAGAGAGCCCUGGGCAAGUGUCGGAGCCAGACAGGACCCAGCUGAGCCAGGACCUGGGUGGGGGCACCCUGGCCAUUGACACACUGCCGGAGAACAGGACCAGGGUAGUGGAGGACAACCACAGCUACUAUGUGUCCCGUCUGUACGGCCCCAGCGAACCCCGCAGCCGGGAGCUGUGGGUGGACGUGGCUGGGGCCAAUCGGAGCCACCUGAAGGUCCACAGAAUCCUCUCCAACACCCACCGGCAGGCUUCGAGAGUGGUCUUGUCCUUCGAUUUCCCUUUCUACGGGCAUCCUCUGCGGCAGAUCACCAUAGCAACCGGAGGCUUCAUCUUUACUGGUGACGUGACCCACCGGAUGCUCACAGCGACUCAGUACGUGGCCCCUCUGAUGGCCAAUUUCAACCCCGGCUACUCCGAAAAUUCCACAGUUGCUUACUUUGACAACGGGACAGUCUUUGUCGUCCAGUGGGACCGUGUCUACCUCCAAGGCCGGGAGGACAGGGGCAGCUUCACCUUCCAGGCAGCCCUGCACCGCGACGGCCGCAUUGUAUUUGGCUACAAAGAGAUCCCUAUGUCCGUCCUGGAGAUCAGCUCCUCCCAGCAUCCCGUCAAAACAGGCCUGUCGGACGCCUUCAUGACUGUCAACACGUCCCCAGACGUGCCAGAAUCCCGGCGGAGGGCCAUCUUUGAAUACCACCGUGUGGAGCUGGACCCCAGCAAGGUCACCAGCAGGUCGGCCGUGGAGUUUACCCCCUUGCCAACCUGCCUGCAGCAUCGGAGCUGCGACGCCUGCGUGUCCUCGGACCUGACCUUCAACUGUAGCUGGUGCCAUGUCCUCCAGAGAUGCUCCAGUGGCUUUGACCGCCACCGCCAGGAGUGGCUGUUCUACGGCUGCGCCCAGGAGGCAGAGGGCCAGACGUGUGAGGACUUCCAGGACGAGGACCACUACGCAUCCUCCCCCGACAGCACCUUCAGCCCCUCUGGGGGAGACCUCAGCACCACCUCCUCCUCUCUCUUCCUGGACAGCCUCACCACGGAAGAUGACACCAAGUUGAAUCCCUAUGCGGGAGGAGACGGCCUUCAGAACAACCUGUCCCCCAAGACAAAGGGCCCCCCGGUUCACCUGGGCACCAUCGUGGGCAUCGUGCUGGCGGUCCUCCUCGUAGCGGCCAUCGUCCUGGUGGGGAUCUACAUCAGCGGCCACCCCACUUCCAAUGCCGCGCUCUUCUUCAUCGAGCGGAGAUCUCACCACUGGCCGGCCAUGAGAUUCCGCAACCACCCCAACCACAACACCUACACGGAGGUCGAACCCUCGGGCCACGAGAAGGAGGGCUUUGUGGAGGCGGAGCAGUUCUGAGACCGCCAGGUCACCCCUUGGAAGGGUAGGAUGGAAGUCCCGGGGACCCCAGAGGAGACAAAUCGAAACAGAGUGGAGAAGUGAUUUUUCUUGGCCUCCUCUGAACACACCCUGGCGGAGAAGAUGGGGCAGCGGCGUGAGGGGCCAGAGCUACGGUUUGGCCAUCACACUCCAAUAUUGAAGCGAGGGCAGAAAAGCAACCACAUUGAGUUUUUUAAGGAGCAAUAACCUAAUUUCAUCUUCUUUUGAUGCAAGGGGUCUCCCUUUCUGGGGCUCUCAAUGGUCUACUCAGUAGCUGCCCCAGAGGCCUCCUCCCCGCCAGAGAUGACCAGAUAGAUGCCCUGCCCCUGGUCACCUAAUGCCCCUGCAAAUGACACAAGAGAACUGAGUUCUCAGUUGCGGCCACCGCACUCCAGGGCCCAUAGACUCAAGAGCUGGUCCUCAUGGCUAUGGAUUCGGUGCAUUCGGCCCCUGCCUCUGUGACUCUCGAAGUCUGGAGAAGGAGUUCUGGCCAUCUGUUAGACACAGGUACGGCUACUCUAUGCCCUUCGUCAAGCCGCCAAAUGGAGGCAAACCAAAGGAGAGGACAGAACUUGUAGGGGAAAUUGCAUUUUUAGGCUUUGCUCUCUCAACUUGCCCUUUCUGCUGAGAACCAGUACUUCUGCAUCAAACAUGGGUGCAGCCCACUCACCCCAGCUGUGGCCCAGCCUCGGCCGGAUGAGCCAUUGGGGGCCUUUUAUUCCAGGGGCACAUUUGGUGUCCAUUGUAUUCACUGGCCUUUUCCUCUGUCAGUGCCAGUAAGGACCACCCAAGGCAGAACUUUCCUAAUUACUGUUUUGCCUCCUCCAAGCUGGAUUUCCAUCGCCCUUAGAAACAGGGUGGUUUGUGGGGACAUAUCCAGCGGAGAACCUCAGCGGGAGUGUGUUGAGAAGCCAAGCCCCUGGAAUGGCUGGGACAGAGGACGCUUACACGGGAAGAAGGGACUUUCUACAUAAAAUCUUGACCUGGAAAAUUGCUUUCGCCUCCCCAGCUGUGCUGGAAGUUUUGGGGGCAGAGCUGUUAAGCUCCCAAACGUUAGCUGAUUUUAAGGGAAUUCUGUCCCAGAGAUGAGCCAGGGCUGCUUCCCCGGAGCAGUUAAAAUGAAAACCUACAGCUCGCCCUCACCCAAAGAGAAAAUAUCAGCAGUGAAUAAAUGGUAAAUCACAGUCUCCACUUAGUCAACCCCUUUUCGGCCUGUCAUCGGAGACCCCCCCCCCCCAGAGGAAGAAGUUAAAGUGCCGGCCUCCUGGGGGGGCGGGGCUCAGGAGUGCACAAAUAACCGGACACAGCCAAACACUUGCCACGCCCCCUGCUUUAUCCGUGGGGAGGACACUGAUGACAAUCAAAUUAGAAACAUGCUGGGCCUGGUAAACCGGGGAGC